CACUUGGGUCCUACCAAAUUUAUUGUGUUUCAGCUACUGAUACUUGGUGGCAAUGGUUUGUAGUCAAAGAAUCUUUUUUGCUCUCGGAGUCAAGGGACGCCUUUUUUUGAGGAAAAUUUUGUGCGGAAGAAGGGAGAUUUUUGCCUUGUUUCCUCAAAUUCAAGAUGACAAAUCAUGGUAAACUUGAGAUCUCAAACUAAAAUCAGUCAAAUGGAAGGUGAUGACAUUGUAAUUGCGGUUUUAUACAAUGGAACAUUGGUACAAAAUGAUAGUGGUGAUUGGGAAUAUCGAAAUGGUAAAAAUGUAAUGGUUUCCGUCGGCAAGAGAUGCACAAAAUCAGAGUUAGAGGACUGUGGCAUAUUUACACUCAAGACCAUCGAAUUCUUACAUGCUAGAUUACCAUUGACAUUCACACAAGAUAACAUGGAGUUCUUUAGGAAGAAGUAUGCAUAUGAGGUUUACAACAAAGAACUUAGCAUAUGAGCUGCGUGGUGAUGCUUUUUUCUUUCCUUUUUUCAUGUUUAUAGAUGCAUAUUAUUUAUUAUAUUUGACUUUUAAUUGUAAAUAUAAUGGUGGCUUAUAAUGUUCAUUUAACAAAGAUAACAAUGUGGUAUUGAUGUAAUGAUAAGUAAUUGACCUUAUAGGAAAUGUGCCAUGUUUAUUUA